ACCUUUCAUCAAGGUUGUCCUAAAACUGUUCAACAAUGACCCAUUCUUGACAAAUGACUAUAUAGGCUAUACAUAAACACAAUGCCAGAAUCCCUGUCUAGCUCUGAGCUGGUUUUCUGAGAUUUUACUCCAGUCCAGAGCUCAAAGGGUUACCGCGAGCGGAUCCAUUACACGCGCGCGCACUUGUUCUCCAGGGCACUACACAGUGUGCAUCUCUCAGCUAGUGCACAUUCUACACGCAACGAAUAAUUACUGUAGCCUACUCCAUUCAGAAACAAGCUCGCGGCGGCAAUCAGGCCAGGAUGCAUUUCACAUUAGCGAUGCCAUUACUGCUCCAGCUGCCGGAGAAUAUGAUCUGAUGGCGGUGUCCUCUGGGGGACGGCCGGCGGUCCAUUAGUGCGGCUGGACGCCUCUUUAGGGCUCCAGAUGUCCAAAAGGACCGCUCUCCGAAAGCACGCGCGGAGGAUACGGAAAGUGACGAUCGAGAUCACUCAGGAUGAAAAUUUUACUCGUUUCUGACAGACAAAACUAGUCACGUUUAGCCUUUAUCGGAGCAUUUUAAUCCCAAUAAUUUUAAAAGGCGGGUGUUUUGGUGUGUCUCGCGAAUGCAUCGUAUUGCAACGCCCAUGCUCGUCUUUACCUGAGGAGGGAAAUGCAAACAAGGGGAAACUUCUGAGCAUCACCUGAGGGCGCCUGUCUGUCACCACGUGCACUCGGUAAGCCGUGAAGCGGCUUUUUAGACAGACCGACACGAUGAGCGAUAGCAUGGAUGACUCCGGUAUUAUUCGCCGGCGGAGGAUGCAGAAGGAUCUUCCAUUGCCCAGGAAGAGCAGUGGCUGUCGCACCAGUAAUCGCAAGAGUCUGAUCUUGACCAGCACAUCUCCAACUCUUCCCCGACCUCACUCUCCUCUGCCAGGACAUAUUGGAAGCAGCCCACUGGACAGCCCGAGGACCUUCUCUCCCAGCGCACCCGCACACUUCUCCUUCGCUUCAUCCAGACGGGCUGAUGGCAGACGCUGGUCUCUGGCUUCUCUUCCCUCGUCUGGAUAUGGGACCAACACACCCAGCUCAACGUCUUCCAGCUCGUCUCAGGAGCGGCUCCAUCAGUUGCCGUUUCAGCCCACACUGGACGAGCUGCACUUCCUGACCAAACACUUCGGGAGCACGGAGAGCAUCACGGAUGAUGACGGACGCCGAUCUCCGCACAUGCGGCCUCGAUCGCGCAGUCUCAGUCCAGGACGAUCAUCUUCCUGCUAUGACAAUGAGAUUGUCAUGAUGAACCAUGUUUACAAGGAGCGCUUUCCUAAGGCGACGGCUCAGAUGGAGGAGCGUCUGGCGGACUUCAUCGAGUCGUACUCUCCUGAGAACGUGCUGCCGCUGGCUGACGGGGUCCUCAGCUUCAUCCACCACCAGAUCGCAGAGCUGUCCCGAAACUGCCUGACCAAAUCUCGCGAAGGCCUCAUCACUACUGUCUACUUCUACGAGCUGCAGGAAAACCUGGAGAAGCUCCUGCAUGAAGCGUACGAGCGAUCGGAGAGUUCAGAGCUGACCUUCAUCACUGAGCUGGUCAAGAAACUCUUCAUCAUCAUCUCACGGCCUGCACGACUGCUGGAGUGUCUGGAGUUUAACCCUGAGGAGUUUUACCAUCUCCUAGAGGCAGCGGAGGAUCACGCUAAAGAGGGCCAGCUGAUGAAAGCAGACAUCCCACGAUACAUCAUCAGCCAGCUCGGCCUGACCAGAGACCCGCUGGAAGAUAUGGUGAAUUUGGAGAGUUAUGACAGCGAGGGACCACACACACCGGAGACGGACGACUCAGCUGAAGGGAAGCUCAAAGCCAUCAAACCGCCCUGUGAAUCCGACUUUCAGACUAUCAAACUCAUCAGCAACGGAGCGUAUGGAGCUGUGUAUUUGGUCAGGCACAGAGAAACUCGACAGCGCUUUGCAAUGAAGAAGAUCAACAAACAGAACCUGAUCCUGCGGAACCAGAUCCAGCAGGCGUUCGUGGAGCGGGACAUCCUGACCUUCGCUGAAAACCCCUUCGUGGUCAGCAUGUUCUGUUCUUUUGAGACGCGCCGUCACCUGUGCAUGGUUAUGGAGUACGUGGAGGGUGGCGACUGUGCGACUCUGCUGAAGAAUAUCGGAGCUCUUCCGGUGGAUAUGGCUCGGAUGUACUUUGCCGAGACCGUUUUGGCGCUGGAGUACAUUCAUAAUUACGGCAUCGUGCACCGGGACCUGAAACCAGACAAUCUGUUGAUCACAUCAAUGGGUCACAUUAAGCUGACUGAUUUCGGCCUGUCAAAGAUGGGACUCAUGAAUCUCACCACUAACCUGUAUGAGGGACACAUCGAGAAGGAUGCCAGGGAGUUCCUGGAUAAACAGGUCUGCGGCACACCAGAGUAUAUCGCUCCAGAGGUCAUUCUCAGGCAGGGCUAUGGGAAACCUGUGGACUGGUGGGCUAUGGGAAUCAUCCUUUACGAAUUCCUAGUGGGCUGCGUGCCGUUUUUCGGAGAUACGCCUGAGGAGCUGUUUGGUCAGGUGAUCACAGAUUAUAUUGAAUGGCCCAAUGGAGAUGAAGCACUGCCUGCUGACGCUCAGAGCCUGAUUUCGUCUCUGCUGCAAACCAACCCACUGGUGCGACUUGGAACAGGUGGUGCGUUCGAAGUGAAGCAGCACUCGUUUUUCUCAGGACUGGACUGGAACGGUUUACUCCGGCAGAAGGCCGAGUUCAUCCCUCAUCUUGAGUCUGAAGAGGACACCAGCUACUUCGACACACGCUCUGAACGCUAUCGCCACAUCAACUCCUACGAUGAAGACGACACCAAUGACGACGAGCCUGUGGAGAUCAGACAGUUCUCCUCCUGCUCGCCACGCUUCAGCAAGGUGUAUAGCAGCAUGGAGCACCUGUCCCAGCUGGAGCAGAAGACACCUGUAGUCACCCGCCGGGAGCACAAAGGGCGCCGCGAUGACAAGAUAACCAAGCGGGAGAGUUUCGGAAGCUUCAGUAUGAGAGACAAGAGCUGGAGGACAGGCUCACCUGAGAUGAAGCGUCUGUCAUGCUCUGAGUCUUUGUAUAUGGAGGGAGAUUGCAGUCCUCCGAUGGGCGCCCGGCGUCGUUUUUCAGCCCUAAUGGACACGCAUAGAUUUGCUUCUUCUCAAGAAGGCGAUGGAGAGCGACAAGUUACUGCUAAAGCCACCGGAUCAUCAGAAGGAGCAGUUCCUCCAUCCUCACCCAGUGCUAACGAACAGAGGAAUGGAAAGGAAGUGAUGUCAAUCAGCAGCAGUAAGAGUACAGACAAGGCAUCAAGGCCAGGUGAGGUGUCAGCACCACAGACCAUACCGUCUACAGGAGCCCCAGCAGUAAUCUCUAGGGACUUGGUUGCCAUUGGUGACCCCGUCGGUCAGAGGGCAACCAAAGAUCUGGUGCUUCGGCGAGCACGCCAUCAGCAGCUGUCUAGUGAUGGGGAGAAACGCACCUCACGUCCGGGGAACAAGGUCAUCAAAUCUGCAUCUGCAACAGCACUCUCUGUCAUUAUACCUGGAGUUGAGCAGCAUGGUAACUCUCCAUUGGCCAGCCCUAUGUCUCCACGCUCUCUCUCGUCCAACCCCUCAUCGCGAGACUCUUCACCCAGCCGUGACUACUGCCCCACAGUCACGGUGCCCCGUUCCCCAAUCACUAUCCAACGCUCUGGCAAAAAGUACGGGUUCACACUCCGUGCCAUUCGGGUCUACAUAGGAGACACUGACGUCUACAGUGUGCACCAUAUUGUCUGGCAUGUAGAGGAUGGAGGCCCUGCCCAGGAGGCGGGACUGUGUGCCGGUGACCUCAUUACUCAUGUCAAUGGUGAAUCUGUGCACGGAUUAGUCCAUACCGAGGUGGUAGAGCUUAUACUUAAGAGUGGAAACAAGGUUACUGUAACCACAACACCUUUUGAGAAUACAUCCAUUAAAGUGGGACCAGCACGCAGGUCCAGUUACAAGUCUAAGAUGGCCCGACGCAGUAAGAGGACAGUCAAAGAGGGACAAGAAAGUAAGAGGCGCGGAUCUUUGUUCCGCAAAAUAACUAAGCAGUCCAACCUGCUGCAUACAAGCCGUAGUCUGUCAUCUCUAAAUCGGUCCCUGUCAUCUAGCGAUAGUCUUCCUGGGUCUCCUACACAUAGCCUGUCAGGUCACUCCCCUACCCAAAGCUACCGCUCAACCCCUGAGUCAUCCCACCUUGGUGCCUCUUCUCAGAGCAGCUCUCCUGCUUCAAGUACCCCAAAUUCCCCUGCAACAACACAGCAUAUGAGACCCAGCUCCCUGCAUGGUCUUUCACCUAAACUACACCGCCAGUAUCGUUCAGCUCGCUGCAAGUCAGCUGGCAACAUCCCUUUGUCUCCGCUGGCUCAUACACCAUCUCCAACUCAAUCCUCUCCACCUCCUUUACCAGGGCACACAGUCGGAAGCUCCAACACGACGCAAACCUUUCCUGCAAAAUUACACUCAUCCCCACCAAUAAUAAGACCUAGACCCAAGAGUGCAGAACCUCCUCGAUCACCGCUACUCAAAAGAGUGCAGUCAGCUGAAAAACUUGGAUCACCGCUUUCAUCUUCAUCUGAGAAGAAAGGGGGGAUUGGGGUUAUGAGAAAGCACAGUUUGGAGGUCGGACAUUCUGAUUAUCGCAAAGAUGGUUUCCAUUGUGAGCUUGGCUUGCAGAGUUUGGUGGAAAUUGAGGGUGAGAAUUUGGCUUCGGCACCAACAAAUUCUCCUUCACCCACCCAGCCGACCCCAUUACCACCUGAAACUGGUGUGCUGAAGCCAGUCAGGAAACUAGGCCGGCAAGAGUCACCUUUGAGUAGAGAUGCUUUGCUUGCUGGGAGAGAAAGGGAGAGAGAAAGGGAGAGAGAAAGGGAGAGGACUGGUAAAGCUAAUGAACCAAGUCGACCUACUGAAUCUAAACCAGCGGCAGUUACUCCACCUGGGAGUAAGACAUCUCCAAAUUCUGAAACAUCUCAACGCCACACUUCCACUAUACAAGAAUGUUGCCUAGUCAAACCUCAAACUUGGCAACCACCACUAACCAAAUCUUCUCCAAUAGCAUCAGAGUCCAAGUCUAAUAUAGUAACCUCCAUUCCGUCGCCCCUUACAACAGUGUCUUCCCCUUCUACCAAAACAAUAGAUCAGAGUUCCAUUAGAGAAGAGGGAAAUGACGACAAAGGAAGUCUUACAAAGAUUCCUCAAAGCCAGACACUAGGAACCACCAAGUCCCCACUCUCAUUAAUUCCAUCAGAGUUAAUCAACAAAGACUUAUUAGAGAAAGGAGGAAAUGAUAACGGGAAAAAGCAAGUGAAAUCAGACGUUGGCAAUACUUCAGCUCAAGGCAAGCCAAGUAUACCAUGUAGUCCCCCUGUGAAAACAACAAGCACAGAGGUUACCAAAGCAAAUGAGGGAUUCGGUAAUGGUGACAGUCUCAAGAAGGGAGUAUUAGACCCACAUAGCAGAACGUCAGAUGUCAGGGUAAGAACUGCCUUAGCACCAUCCAAAGGGCUUGUCCCAUCUCACCCACCCCAGACGCAGUGCUCUGCCUUGGGAAAACUUAGGCAGGACAAGGGCCUAUCUGCUGUUAGCUGCUACCGUGGAUCAUUUGAUUGGGAGGAUAAAUGUCUCUUGGAGGUUGUAGAAGAACACUCUCCAUCCCCAACUCCUUCUCCAACCGGAGUGCCUCCUGAUUUGCUCAAAUCUCAACCUCCUGCAGAAAGGACUGGUUUGGUUACACACUUGACAAGCACAGGGAAAUCUAUAGGGGCUGUAAAAGGUGGAACUCAGGAGGGGCCUAAGGCCAAAGAUACCAACAAAUCUUUGGAGAUUACCCAGGCAUGUGCACCAGGUAGGCCUGAAUCAUCUCCUGAGGGUAGACCAAACUCCAAAGGAGCCAGUCCUACUAGCUCUUCUCCACAGGUGAAGACUCUCAUUACUCCUAAGAACGGCUCUUGAUCUUGUGUUUGGUGGAAAAUAAAUUGCCUUUUAUUGGGAGUUUAGCAGAAUUCUGUGUUUUCAAGCACUUAGGGACAUUCCAGCCAGUGAAAGCAAUGAUUAAACCAUUUUACACUGAACAAAAGACAGCAACUCCAAGGUUAUUUUAAAGGCUGUUAUUUACUGUACAUGCAGAGCUGCGUCAGAAAAUCGUGAUAUAUGUAUUAUAUAACAACGUAUGCUGCGUGUUUGUGAGAAGGUGAGUGAAUGCAUGUUUCUUGGUGCUUGUGCAGGUAAAAAUAAACUAAACAUCAAGUGUGAAGUGCUUUAACAGAUCAAACAAUGCUGAAUACUGUGAACACCAAAAUAACGUUCCUACGUUUUCUAAGGCGACAAACCACUUAUUUUCCUUAAAACAAAAAAACUGAGAACACGGCAUAUCACGUUUUUGGCAUGGACAGAACAUCAUCGAGCACAUGCUUUGCUUUGUCAGUUGUUUCUUUGGCUUGUACCUAAUUCAGGAGAUUCUACUCAUGUACGCUAAUCCAUUAUCAGUGAACACAUACUGCUUAAAGGUUCGGUUUGGUAAUCUUCAAUUACAAUCUGACCUGUUGUUUCUGCUGUGGAAUGGCAGUAUUUCUUCGAUUGGACAAAUAUGCCUAGCUACGCCCCUAUAGCCAUUAGUUUGCUGAGAGUGAACAAUGAUAGGAUGAGUGCAAAAAUAAAACCCCACUUCCUACUCAAAACUCUGCAGCAACUUACGCUUAACAUGGACUUUAAGCCGGGGACUGUUAACACCAUAGAUUCAUCCCCCUUACAAUAUUAAGUCUUAACCAAUUCUCUCAUCAUACUGAAUUACAAAUGUUGAAAUCAUUAACCCUCUGAACACAAUUACACGCUGUGAUUCAGACUCAGGCUCAACUUUAUUAUCCAGUUUAGGGAAACUAAAAUUGCAGCAAGGUGCCGUAACACAAGCGAAGUUCCAUUUACACAUUAACAAAAUAUUACCACACAACAUACAAUACGUCAUUUUGUAGGUGCAUCUCCCUCUCCCCUGGACUCCUUUAAUAACCCAAUAGCCGCCAUUAUAAAAGAAUUUCUAGUCUUUUGUCCUGCAAAUAGGAACUCUAAAACGAUGUCCUGAUGGCAGCAGCUAAAACACAGAGUACAAUGGACGAUCCAGGGUGCAUAGGAUACCCUAAGCUCUCUUUAAAACAUAUUCAUGGUAAAUUACCAUUGGACCAGUUUGGUCAAAACCGAUGAUCUUGCCUGCCACCUUCACCAGGCUACUUUAUUAACUAGUUACCUAUCUGGGGACUGUUUUCAAGCUGCAUAAUCUCAUUGCACCUGCUGCAGCCAUGGUACUGCAGCAAAGUUUCUUGAUUAUUAUGCCAGAAUGAGAGUAUAAUUAGUAGAGGAAAACUUUUUUUUGAGCAGGAUGCUAAUGGUAUAAUCAAAUUUAAUGGCUGUUUCUCAAUUCCAAGAACGCAGAGAAUGGACUCGCGUUCUUGUGGUCUUGCCAAGUUACCUCAGAAGAAGAAACUUAGGGAGAACAAAGAACGCAUCCUACCUAGUUCUUCCCGAUGGUCACAUGACCUUCACGCAUUUUUAAUGGAAAAUUAUUUAAACAUUACAGCAUGCAUACAACAAUCUAUUGUUUUUAUCCUUUUCUAUAUAUGUAUAUAUAUAUAUAUAUAUAUAUAUAUAGAAAAGGUAAUGUGUUUUUGCCUUCAUUAAGAUUUUCAAAGUAAUGUUUAUAUUCACCGUUUAAUUUAGGAAAGCUCCUAAGACAAAUAAGUUGUAUCUCUGAACUUUAAUAAUAAAUCUAUAUAAAAUGCUGCACUUCCCACCUCCUUCAAGGGCCGAUCAUACCGAACGUGCCAUACGAAGCGCCUCUCAACGCAUAUUUACUAACGGCCGCAAACGCGAUUUGCAUGCUGCUUAUGCACCCUGUGCACCUCGCGUUUUAACCGCCUGCUGCGCCUUGCGUUUUUGCCCUUGCACGUCGUGAGCUCUCAGUUGAAAAAUGUCAACUCGGAGCGGAAAAAGCGUGUUACGUCACUCUCGUCUUUUUCAUUCUUUAAUCAAAGGUGCAGUGUUUGUGUUGUCAAGACAACAAUGGAGACUUUUGAAGAUGGAGGAGAGACUUGU